AUGGAUUUUUAAAUUUGUUAAAAUACUUAAAGUCCAGAGAAAUUCUUGUGCUUAAAUUAGGAAUGCUCUAUGGCUGAAAAAAAACAUAUUUAAUGUUAUUAGUGCUUAACAAAAUAUCAUUUAAGCAAGAACAAGGUAGUAAGACAUGCUGAUGAUUUCAUUGAGUUAGAAUAAUUUAUGAAUGAAAUCAAAAAGAAAUAUAAUAAAAGACAUAUUUUUAUUUAACAAAUAUUAUAAUAGGCAUUAGACUUUUAGAAGAGUAAAAUUUAGGAAAUAUAAUUAACUAAAAAUGGUGAUUUAAUAAAAUCUGCAACUGAGAAAAUAGAAGGAGAUACUACAAAAUUUUCAAAAUCUUUAAGCUCUUUAUAUUUAGAGCAAAAAUUUACAUUUCCUUAUCAGAACUCAUUUCAUGUGUAGUAUGUAAAAUUUUAUUUUGAAGAUGAAAAUAAAUAUUAGGAUGACUGUAAAUAAAAAUUAGGAAUACUAAUUUCGUAAAUAGAAAAAUAUAUGUAGACUCUUGAUUUAGAUAUUCUAACAACUAUGAAAAGGUUAAAAUUAAAUUUUUAAUAUUUUUUAGGUCUUAUAAGAAAGUAGAAAUGUUAGAAAAACAAAUCACUUAUUUUAGUAAAUAAACAAUGUACAAUAAAUUAUAAUUCUUAAUUUUGUUGUUGAUAUUGCCAUAUUUAGUUUAUUUAUAAUAUAAUUAAUUUGAGAUAAUACAAUACUAGAAACAAUAAGAAUAAAGAGUUCAAAUACAAGAUUAUUUAAUAGAGGAAAUUUAAAAUUAAAAAGAUAAAUUUAAUAUUUUUGAGAAUAAGUAAUAAAGAUUAUAACUGGAUGAAACAAAUAACAUUUAGACAUUAAAUAACACUAUUUUAGAAGUAAUGGAUGCUUUAUAAAAAUUAAAAAUACGAUUUGAGACUUUUAAAUAAAGUUCAACAUUAAAUUUAGAGAAAUCUAGAAUCGAUAUUUCGAGUAUUCAUGAAGUAUUAUAAAAAAAUAUAAGUGAUUUGAAUAAUUAGGAAGUUAUUUUAAAAAAUUAGAUUGAAUAAAUUAAAUCAAGAUUUGAUUUAGUAUAUGUUAAGGAAAUAGAGUGGAGAUCAAAUAUGGAAGAUUAUAAGAGAUUAUAAUUGGCAGAAAAAAGAAAAACCAAAGUUUAGAUAGAGAUAAUGAAGGAAAAAAAUGUGAUGAGAAAGAUAGUUUAAUUAAAGAAUUAUAUUUAUGCUUUAACGAAUUAUAGACAUAUGAUAUAAAUUCAUAGAAAUUUAAAAAAAACAAAUCUUAAAGACUUUGAAUUAAUUUAUGAUGAAUUAUUUGAUAAACCUGUAUUAAUUUACACAAUGAUGUCUAUAUAAUAAAAGGUUUUUAAAAAUGAGGGUGAUAAUCCUUUACUUUGUUUGGGAGGAUUAUAUAUAAAAAAUAAAGAAAAAAUAGAUUUAAUAGCAUGUGAUUUUGCAAAUGAUAUUUUGAGUCCUACUUUUGAAACUGAUAAGGCUAUAAAAAGUAGUCAUGGAAAUAUCUAUUGGUAUUAAGUGUAAGAAUCAUCAUUUGGAUUUGCACCAAAUGAAAAUAUAAAAUUAAUACAUUGUGACGAUUAUGAUGAAAAAGAUGAAUAUCGAUUAAGUUAUUGGUAUAAUAUAGGUGUUUUAUCAGGAGGACGCAGAUUGGGAAGUUAAUUAUCAUUAGAUAAUUCUACUUAACAUAGAUUAUAGAUAUAUUUAUUGAAACCUAUAUUUGAGUGA